AUGCCAACAAUUUCAUUGGGAUCAGCAUUUGAACAAUACAGUGUUAAUGGUCAAGUUUGUGUUUCAUCUUGUAGUGUAUCGUCUUUGGCUAUAGAAACUAUUAAUAUCAAUAGUUCUCAGAGUUCAGUAACUCAACAAAGUACCAAUGAAACAACUAUAUUUGGAAAGCCUUGGGCUCGACAGGAACACCCAAAGGGAUGUUCGAUAAUUGGUGUAUCAUCUUUAACCAAAGAAACUAUCAAUGUCAAUAAUUCACAAAGUGCAGCUGCUCAACAAAGUACUAACAGAACGGCUGGAUUUCAUUCAGAAGAGUGGACAUGUUAUUCUACUAUAAUCAUUGAGAUCUCAAUCACCAAUUUUGCCCAAAAACCUGAUAAUUUCAAUUAA